AUGGGCGGCGGCGGGACGGUGCUGAGCGUGGGCGCGGCGCGGGAGCUCAGCUCGUGCGCGUGCGCGACGCGCGCCGCGCCCGACGACAUGGCGCUGGGCGCGUGCGCACGACGACGCAGCGUCACGCUUGCGCACUCGCACUCUUCCACCAGGUGCGACCACAAGACUACGCGCGGGAAGUGUUGGCGCGGGACCGGCCGGUUUCUUUCCACCGGCACUCGUCCCCCGAGCCGCUGCGGGUGUACGCUACUUGGUUUCAACACGAAGAUUUGGCGCUAA